AUGGCACCAGAGAUCCAUGGUGAUAGCUACUUAUACCUGGUUAAUUUCUCCCUAGGAACCCCACCAGUUCAACAGCUUGCCAUUUUAGACACGAGCGGCCCAAUGCUAUGGAUACAAUAUAUCAGCAUAGGGGGCAACCCGUUAGGGAUACCACCUAAUGUGUUUGACAUGGAUUCUGAUAAAAAAGGUGGUUUUGUGAUGGAUUCAGGAGCCACGGUUUCUUAUUUGAGAGAAAGGGGCUACUCAUAUUUGAAAGAUGGUAUGGUUUACUGGUUUUCCAGUGCCAGGAAUUUGACACAAAUUGAUGGAAAAAAGUAUGGUUUUGACCUUUGUUGGGAAAUUCGGUCGCCAGAAUUUAAUGAGUUUCCUAAUUUGACGCUUCAUUUCGGGGAAACAGAUUGGGAACUGAUGCCGGAAAACGUGUUUUACAUUGAUAGAAGUGCCAGAAUAUUUUGCAUGGUCAUUUUGGUGUCAGAUAAAAUGUAUGUCUAUCUUGGGGAUGUGGACGUAUCAGCAACAGGAUUUUAG